AAACAAAGAAGAACACACUGAGCACUAUGAUUCUGGGCCGCUUUUGUGAAAGCAAUAUUCAAUAGACUGUGAAUCAGGGUUCACAGUAGAAAGCGGCAACAAGGGCCAAAGUAGCUGCCUGUUGUGGCUUUAAAAUACAAGGCUUAUUAUAUACUGUUUUGUAGCUGACUGUUCGUAUAUUUAGCCACCUAAUCAGAAUACUUAAAGGAUGUCAAGGACUUCAAAGUAAAUAUGUGGGUGCUUAGAUUGUAGAAAUACUUAACAUUUGUUGCGAUCUUUUAUUCCUAAUCUGUCCAGUUGUAAAAUUGUUAAUGAUUACUGUGCUCUAUUUUACCACUAGUUUGAAAAGUUUUUGCUCAAUAUGUACGAUCUUAAAAGUUCAUAACAAGGCCUAGAAAUGUUGUUCCAAGUUUGUGCAAACCUUGCUUAUUGGCUGAAAUAUUUUUUUGACAUUCGUCUUUCUUUGCACUAUUUCUUCAGGAGAUCAAAUUAUUGAAAUCAACGGUACUUAUCUCAGAGGAAUGAACCAAGAAGACGUUAUCAAGAUCUUCAGAGAUCUUCCAAGUUCAACGCAGAUGAAAAUAAGAAGAUCAAAGAUGGCGCCUCAGGAACAGGGUUCAAAACAACAAGAGAACAAGAGAAAGGAGUCUGUGGAGAAACCUCCCUCACAAGACCCAGUGCCACUGCCUAAACCUCCUGAGAACAGGCGGAGGUCGAGUUUGAGAGGUAAAGUACAGUAUGUUAAGCAAGAAGUGGAACCUACAUCAUCUGUGAAGACAGAAGGAAUUCCGUCGUCUGAACAUCGAAAAGCUGAAGAGGAAACCGAUUCUCGUGAUCAAGGACUUGCGUCAAAGGAAAUUUACCAGAAUGGUAGUGGAGUUAAAGAAAAAACUGAAGAAAAAACUGGAAAGAUUGUCGCUUCCGGUGGAGCAAAAACCACACCAGAAACAAAAUCUAAAGAAGAAACUGAACCAGUCCUAAAUGACAUCAAUACAAAAUCGGACAAAAUAAAUGAUGAACUGGGCGACAAUUUGAUCAUUCCAUCUGGUUACAGGAAAUUGACUGUGAAAAUACAAAAGGCACCUAACUCCACACUUGGUCUUUCACUAGUUCCUAGCUAUGGGAAACUGAAAGGAUACUUCCAGAUCCGCAGACUGUUAUCUGGUAUGGUGUGUGCCCAAGAUGGACAACUUCAGACUGGCGAUAAGCUCGUGUCAGUAAAUGGUGUGUCUCUGAAAGGUGUAACUCAUUCGAUGGCAUUACAGCUGCUCAAGAAACCUAUGGACGUAGUAACGUUUGUGAUACUAAGAGAGGGUCUGAAAACACAAGGAAAAGUAACGAGUUCUUCUCUGAAUCAGAGUAUAGCUCAGACGCCGGCUAAAAAUUCACCCAUACUUCAAGACAGCGGAGAACUUACUGAAACAUUAUAUUCAAAAACAGAACGUGUAGAUAAACCGCAAGGCGCAGGACAGCCUGUGACUUUCAUAGCAUCUCAACUAGUAGACAGUGAAUCAAGAGACUUACUAGACACAUCACAUGAAUCUCCGUUACUACAGAAAGAAGAAACUGCUCAAGAACAAGUUCCAGAGAUACCUUGUUCACCUCCACCCUCGCCAGUGUUGGGAGUGAACGAUCUUUUAGAUGACGAUGUCUCUAUUCCGCCACCAUCAUUUUCUCCUCCACCACCUCCCAUAACAUCAGACUUAACAUCAUCCCAUGAUCUCCCUUUAUCGUCAAUCCCCAUUGUUUCUCCACCUCCUGAUCUUAGUCCAAGAAUGAAAGAAUUUAUGGAGCAAGACCUGUUUACUAGUGAAGAUGAUCAAGAAACAGGUAGUCAAGGAUCUAUUCAUCAACAGGAGACUUCACAGGAAUCUGGUGCUAUGCUCACCCCGUCGAGUUCGCCUCGUAAUGACACAAUUGUAGGAUGGGAUUUCGAAUCCUUGCUGGAUGCUUGCAACGAUUUGAAUUCACACGAAAGCGAUGAUGUGUUGACGUUUGAACAGGGUAGUGUUACGGAGACUCAUUUAGCGCCAGGAGACUCAAAACCAAAGCUCUCAUCACCAGAAUGGUCAAAGGCCAAGAUCUCAAAGAAAAAUGGUUUAGACAAACUGACUGAGAAACGUUCUGUAGUUCCUGUUGAGAGUAGCACGGAUAUUCAACCUCCUGCCGUGGGAAGUGGUAAUGAUUUGCUCUCCAGUGGAGCUAGGAACAAAAGAACAAUACAUGGACUGACCGACAACGAUAAAGGUCUUCAAACCAUAGUGAAACACCGUGACGUUACUGAGGAAUUAAGAAGCUUGACACCACCAGUUUCACCUCUCCAUUCUGAAGGCUGCAGUGAACAUGAAGCGAGCGAUGAUGUAAAACCAGUAGCUGGAAGACGAGUGGAGAAUGUUCCCUUUGUUAUUACUUACCAGAAAAAGUUCAGAAGCCUUGGCAUCAAAGUGGACCUAUCAGGGGAGGGGAAGGUCAUAGUGGCAGAAGUGUCUUCAUUUGGUUUGGCGGGAAAAGAUGGAAAUAUCAGAGUUGGAGAUGUUCUUGUGUCCAUUAAUGAUGCGUCACUAGAAGGAAUGGCGCUUGAAGAUGUCCAAGCCAUGAUCAAAAACUGCCCCAGAGGAGAUGUGAGAGUCGUAGCACAGGCUGCACCCAAACAGGCAAUACAAGAUGAAACUGAUGAGGAAGCUGUCUCUCCGUCCGCUUUAAAGGAACAUGGUCAAUCAGAGGAGGAGAAUCAUUCAAAGAGUAAAGCUGAGGAGAACACUGUGCCAGAUGUGCUGUCAAACAGUGCAAUCCACAAGCCUCGUGUGGACAUGCCGAGUGAGCUAAUCUCUGAAGGGAACUCAGACAUUUCCACAGUUGCAAACGUGAUUGAGACAAAUCAAGAACAAGACGCUGAACGGACAUUUAAACCUAUAAUUCCACCUGACGAAAGUCCAGACGGUUUCAUCACAACAAAAGAUUGUGAUACUGUUAUAGAGGACAGUGGACUGGAAGACGCAGAUUUCAAUGAUCUACCACCACCCAUUCCUCCUCCGGCAGUACCAACAAAUGAUUUGCAGAUGGGAAGUUCUUCCGUCACUGUAGAUGAGCCUCUGGUGCAGGACACUGUAGAGGACGUUUCGUUAAACCCACCAACAAAUUUUGAGGAUUUUUUUGAUGACCACAACAUGAAUUCAUCACCAUCGUUUCAUGAUUCUGAAAUGGACGGUUUAACACAGACUGCCGAUGCUGUGCAGCUAGAUUCGCAGCCAAACUUUCACUCCUCUGUUCAAAAGAGAAAAGAAUCAUUACACAAGACAGAUGAAUCGUACAGUUCAGUGGACAAUGCCAGAAUUCUAUCUGAAGACAGUCAACCACAGAUAUCCAUUAAACCCCCUAGUUUGUUUGGAGAUGACACUGAAAGUAUACCAUCUGCAUUACCACGAACGUUCAAGAAGAGUUCGAGUGUUGAUGAUGCGACUUCAAUGGAGUCUGUGCAAUGGAAUGGGGUAGAUAAUGCUCCAAUCAAACCACCGAGUUUGUUUGAUGAUGAACUUGAAAGUCUCCAAAGUUUGCCACAAGGUCCUCCACCUCCUAAACCUCCUAGACUAAACAAACAGUUCUUCAGUCUGGACACAGUGUCCUCGAAUUCAUCAUCACCAAUUCCGUCGUCUUGGUUUGAUCGAGAAUCGCCCAAUCAUGCAUCGAAGUAUUCAAAUUUAAGUGCAGUUUCGGGAUCGUCUUCACCUUAUGGAAAUAAUUCGACAUCAGGGGUGGCUAUUCCAUUCAAUGAUGCAGCAACGGAAUCACCAGAUGUUCCAGAUGACGACAUGUCCAGCCUACCGCCCGCACCACCGCCACCACUCUCCAGGUCAUCCACGUGGUCUGUGUCUUCCGAUGCAGUAGUAUCUUCACCGCACGGAAAUGAGAAAGUACCUCAUAUCACCAGCCCUCUCUCACAGCCAGUCAAACAGGAGCGGAAGAAUUCCAAGAAAAGGAUAUUGCCUUUACGAAUCAGGUCGAAAAAGGGCAGGAAAACAUCGGAACAAUCUGAGACAUCUUUGCUAGCUGAUCCUCACCAGGAGUCAUUACCUCAGUCAAGUCCAAUGGGAUUUGGUGAUGCGAACAUUUCUAGUGAUGUUAAUCAGCCACCUGAAGAUGACAUGGAAAGCCUGCCACCUGCUCCUCCCCCACCAAGAAUGUCACCUCUCACUGUGGAAAGCUUGGAGAGCAUGGCUGAUGGAUUGCAGCCCAUGAACUUUAUGCAUUCGAAACCCCAUCUAUCUCAUCUGGCCUCUGACGAUCAAGGAGCCUCAACACCAACUGGCGUAGAAUCCUGGCAUUCACCCCAGCACUCUCCAAAGAAGAAGAAGUCUUUUCGUAGAAAUGUCAUUCACAUGGACGAAAGGGCACCUUUACCGAAGUCCUCAAGCUCGCCUAGCGAUGUUCCCAGUGUGCCUGAGACAGAUCUCACUAUAGACAGCUCAUUAACGCAUCUUAGCCCACUGGAAGAUGAGGUUACCGUGACAGAUUCGUCUGAUGCCAUGUCACCACCCCCUCUUCCUCCAGAAAUGGAGCUGUGGUCGGAGGCUGGAGCAGUGGAAGCUGAGCUGGCUCUAUUGGAUCAGAUAUUGACUUUGGAAGAUUCUUCACGAUCAGGGAAUGAGCAAAGUAGCGAUGCUGGGAGCUCGUCGUCAGCCAAACGUCCAUCGUUUUCCGAAGAUGUGUCAUCAGUGGACGAGCAAUCCACAGAAGUUCAGGAAGGACCAGUGGCUUCUAAAUCUGAAGAAACAUUUGAACAGAGAGAUCUCAUUGUGUCAAGGGAAGGUGUCCUAGAUACAAACAGUGACACGUCAUCGCUGCAAGGAUUGCCUGACAUAGAGAAAGGGGAACCAACUGAGUUGGAAGCUAUUAAGCCCAGUUCUUCCUUCAACAUGACAGACAAAAAUGAGGAUUUUGGAACUGAUUUGGCUGUUAAUGAUUUUCAAGAGGCCACAACAAGUGAACUUGCACAUCCGGAGCUGUCUGGUGAGCUGUUGAAGCAGCUAAGUGAAGGACAUGACGUGACGGGGAAUUUGGUCAAGCAUAGAAGGCCAGCCCCUCCUGUCCCUACAAGACCUACCGUCAACACCAACAAAGCCAGCACCAUUCCUCGAAAAUCACUCCCAGGAGGUUUAGGCAUAGAAGUACUUCCCUCCCGACCUGACAUCAAGUCCAAGGCAGCUCCUCAACAUCAUCAACCAACCCACAAGCAUCAGAAAGAACAACAAAACAAAUCGUCGCCAGUUAAGGAGAAGACUUCCAAAAAGCUGUUCUCUAAAGGUCAUAAACAUAAGGACAAAAGAGCAGAUCCUAACCAUCUUGCGUCACCUGACACAUCGUUUGAGAUCAAUCCCGAUGGACGCGAGCGAUCGCGUUCUUGGACUAAGAAACUGUUCGGUUUCCGUAGUAGAAGCAAGAGUCGAGACAAAUCAAAGGAUCGAGAGAACAGAAGUCGAUCGGUUUCACCACCGAGAGGAUUGUUCUCUAAGUCAAGGCGAUCCAGUCCACCUCCUCCCCCACAGUCACCACAAAAGGCUCCUUUGAGUAAACACAAGAAUGAAAGUAAGAAAGGCCCAGUUAUUGACAAAAUAGAAAAAGACCUCUCCGUUCAAGACACUGCAAAACGUCCAGUGCUUUUGCCAACAGUGCCGUCUACUUCAGAGAUGAGCAAUCCUCCAUUCGACGAAGGGCGUUAUGUGGAAGGAAACAACAAUAAAUGUGCGUUACCAGCAACAUAUGACGAGGAGCUCUUACAUGUAGUAGAGAGGAACGUGCUGAAUGAUGAACCAAAUACAGAACGUGCCAUUUCAACAGUACAAGUAGAAUCAUACUACGAAGAACCUGGAGGUCAGAAUGUCUAUUUAAAUCACGACGUGGAAGGACUAUCAGAUAAUGGCGACCUCAGUAAAAAUUUAUCAUUGGAUCGUGAUGAUGUAGAGAGACCUGCUGCCCAUUUGGAAGCGGAUACAUCACUGACAAACAGGCCACUUCCACCGCUACCACCAUCACGUGAACAACAUCUUGAUCCAGUAGCCCUCACAAGAAAUGUCGACGAGAACGAGCAGUGUGCUGAUGAAGAGAGGAAGCCAAAAACAUUUCCCUCAAAACCACCUGUGCCAAAGAAGCCAGCAUUCCUUCAAUUAGGUAGUACACCAAAUACGCAACAGCAGAAAACUGUGGACGAACUAAAAAACAAAUUUGACAAAGGUUCGUCUGACGAAGGUAGACUGGAAACAGCAUCAAGUAGCAAAGAGAACCUUCAAUUUGGUAAUGAAAGCGACGAGGAGGUGGUUUUCGACGAGGAUGAUGAUGUUUUACCCUCGCCAGGUCCACCAACUUUCAAACCUUUACCACCACCACUUACAUUGCGAACAAGUUCCAUUACCGAUGAUUCUGACGAGACGACAGGUAGUCCAAACUCACCUGGGCCUCCUCCAUUUAAACCUCUACCGCCGCCCAUAACUUUGAAUUCCACUCCGGUACAAAAUGACAUAAAAAGUAACCAAGGACUGGAUCCUCCAAGCUCGCCUGGUCCUCCAAGAUUUAAGCCUGCUCCUCCAAGAUUUAAGCCUGCUCCUCCACCAAUAGAUAUGCGGGUACACAGCAAGAACACUGAUUUCGAACCAGGAGACCUUCCCAGCACGGCUGAUCUACCAAAUGCAAAGCCUUUGCCCCCAAUUCCCACUGCUGGUGCGAUGCAAAGACGAGAGGAAGAAGCCUCAGUGAAACAUAAUGUUACAGAACAUAGUUACGUUGAAAAUGACGCAAUGCCAGCACUAGAGAAUGAUGAGUGGAGAAAAACCAAACCUUUGCCCCUAAUUCCCACAGGUUUUAACCUGAAGUCAAACGAUAACAGCCACAAGCUUCCCCUUUCAAGACAAAAUGCUCAUGAAUGUGACAGUGAUGAAGACGCUGACACGCCGGAGUUAUUAGAACGGACACCUGAGUUAGCUCGUGUACUGAUCGACUUAAUUGAAGACAGUAACUACUCACAAGUUUCACAAGUGGCAGAGCCAUUGAUGGUACAAAACGCAGUUGAUCCUGUAAAUGCUUCUCACAGCGAUGACUUCGACAGCUCAGAAGUGUCGUCUGAAUGGGAUGAUACUUGUAGUUCAACUCAAGGUGACCCUGGCCUGCUUGUAGCUGGUAAUAGGUUUGUUAGGAGUGCUAGUUUCUCGGCUGGAGACGUUCACAUUCAACGUCCUCCUGUUGCUGCAGAUAACCAAAAGAAACGUAUCCCUUCUGGCAUUAUGCGUCCUCCUCGUCCAAUGCGUAGACGGUCGUCCUCAUUACCUCAGCUGUUCCCAGAGUUAGCAGCUGUUGCCGCGUCCGAAGGAGGAGCGGGAGAGACAGAUUACUGGCACACUGGAAACCUACAGCAGCUGAUCAACAGUCGGAAUCAGGAGCCAGAUGUGGAUGAAGGGAUCAUAGAAGUGCAGCUUCUUAAAGAACAGCAGUCUAUUGGCUUAAUGGUUGUUGGAGGCCUAGACACUCAUCUAGGUAUGCUUUACAUCAAAGAUAUCCAGCCUAACUCUCCAGCUGCCAACUGUAACCGACUGAGAACAGGGGACCAACUGUUACAAGUCAAUGAUAAUUGUUUGGUAGGCGUGACACAUGGUGAGGCGUUGAACAUCCUUAAGAAUACUCCACCCCUGGUCAAACUCACUGUGGCGAGAAAGAAAAACAGCAAGAGCGAUGGUGCUGAGCUAGUGGCAGAAGGAAGACGCGUCACCGACCUUGAAGAACCAAUAGUCUCCAGCGCACGUGAGUCAAGCACCAUUUCAAAGACCUCGUCAGAAUUAUCUCUGAGUCCACCGACUGAUAGGGGCCAACGACCUAAGUCAUGCGUGAGCCUCUCCUCAUUUGGGACCCCAUAUCACAGUGGUGACCAUUCUCCAGGAUCACCUUGUGGUUCCUUUGAUGAACCUGAUGAGUAUCUCCCAGCGUACCUUCAGCCAGAGAGCCCAACACUGAACUUGCGUCAAGAUGACGUGCCUGUGACCAUUAUUGAUGGCAUUCCGGGUGAAGACGAUGAAAGCACCGAGCAGGAGGAGGAAGACGUUCGUCCUGUUAAUAAAAGCGUCAGUUGGGCGGUCAGCAGUGAUGACUGCAAGGUCUUUACUGUGGAACUCCUGAAAAGUGGCCGAGCUGGUCUAGGGAUGAGCGUUAGUGGAGGAGUGGACACGCCUUAUGAUGACAUAAUGGUACGCCAGAUCCUCUCCAGCAGCGUGACUGCUCACAACGGACUUAUCAAGAAAGGUGACAUCUUGUUGUCUGUGAACGGCAAGUCUUUUAAAGGACUAACGAAUGCAGAAGCCUUGACACUCCUUAAAGACACGCCUGAACGGGUGACGCUUGUCGUAAGUCGGGCCCUGGGACCUAAGCAGUUCGCCAAACCCAUGACGCUUCUUCGAAACAAAAACGCCAAUAAAGAAAUCACUUCUAGCUCUGAGGCUUGGCCAACAAAGGAGGAACUGACCAAGAAGAAAAACCUAGCAAAUACAAAUAGUAGCACACCGCCAACACUUGAAAAAAUUCCACUAGACCUCGUUAAACAAAACGGAGAGCACUCCACUUUCGAACGUCUAAAGAAGAGACUUUUCUCUAAUGGCGGGACCAUGAGUAUAAAAGAGAAACUUCAGAAAGUACCCCAAGGGCCCGCGGUGAUUGAGAUUACCCUUGAAAAGGGGGCAUCUGGAUUGGGGUUCUCUCUCGGUGGGGGCCAGGACUCGUUGUACGGCGAUGCGCCAAUACAUGUAAGGUAUGUGUUCAAAGACAGCGUGGCCGGGAGGAGUGGUGUUUUGAGAGCUGGUGACGAGAUUCUUGAAGUGAAUGGACAGAGGGUGACCUACAUGACGAAUGUUGAUGUUCUUGAACUCAUUAGAAGUUUGCCUUAUGGACCAGUGGCGAUGAAGAUAAGGCGGAAGUAACGUUACACUUGAAGCAGUAACCAUAAUCAUCACAACUGACCAAUCACAACACCGCAAUACAGCAGUGAGUCAAUCAGACUUCGCAGUGUAAAGCGCGGGAAAACACGCAACCGGUGCAAAGCGCGGGGAAAGUCAUGAGCCCAAGUGACCGUCAGUUUUGGUUUGGCACCUGAUUGGCUGAGAAAACGUUUUUUUUUUUAUUGGCUAGACAUGGUAACAUGGGUCUUUUCAACCAAUCACAGAAGUCAACAAAGGAUACGACAGCCAAUAGAAAACCCUCAAAUGAGAUUAAUUUAGGAGGGUUGAAUGACUUAGUGACAGACGUAUUCACAUCGGUUUUUAUUUGUAACUAUAUUGUUUUGUAAAUUUGUGCAUGCUAGCAACUUUUUAGAUGAUAAAACUAAACUCUUGCAACACGUUAGUUGAAAUCUCGAAAUUUGUAUAUAAGAUAGUUAUAUGAUGUCGGGAAUCGGUACAAUUAUAUAUCUGAACAAUCUUGGCAGGCCCAAGCCUCUGCUAUGAUAGACAGACAAAAUCGCUUUAUUAUUGGAUAAUCAAAUUUUAGAGGUGCUAAGAAACACAAUCCUUAUGUCGGCUUUUCAUACGCAGGUCUGUCUAGUUAUUGACUAUAGAAUGGUACUAUAGCAUUCUAGAACAUCUAAAGAACAAUUUUAAAACAUUUUGUGAAUGAAAGCAAAAACUAUUGAUGAUUAACAGCAACAAUGACAUGUCUUAGAACAUAAACAGUAUAUGAUUUGUACUGGAUACAAACAUUCAAACUACUCAAACAUUUUGCAUCGCGUCAAAGAUAAGUUGUAAAUAAAAUUAUUUAAUUUUUUUGUAGGAUAUUCUUUGUGUUAUUGUUUGGCUUAUAUUUAUGAGAGCUCUUUUAAGAGUCACUGCCUGGAAAUAUCGAGAAUCGCUGCCCAGGGGCCCGUUUCUCGAAAGCCCCGGAAACUUUCCAGGCCCGCGAAGCCAUUUUAAUUAAUCUGUAUCUAAAACCAGAGAAGUGUAUACUCCUGAAACGUUUUGUUUGAAGAGAACCUCUCUUCAUAUUAAGAAUACUUGAAUAAAACAGCUCUGUAAUCAUAA